UGAUUUUGUGACUGGCACACUCAUUUUAUGCCUAAAGCUGUGUAAAGUUUAUUGCUUUGUUGCCAUGGAUGGUGCAGCAAUAAUCUAUGAGCCAGUGCAACACCAUUGGUUCUACUGCCAGCAGGCAGACUCUGAGGACUCAUGGAUACCAUUCAGUGUGGUGGACUCCCAGAGACUCGAAGAAGCAUUUUGUCACGUUAAGGCGAAUUGUGUAGAUGAAGGGGAGCAGGAGGAGGUUAUUGUAGCCACAGAGGGCAGGCGUUUUGAUGUCCGUCUGAAAGAGAGGAGGCGCCACGCAGCCUACUGGGAGCAGCCACCCUUGGAGGUACGACGAUGCUCCUGGUUCCAUAGGGGCGACAAGGAGGCUAGCUACGUACCUUACCCAGAGGACAUCAGCCUUAUCCUGGAGGAUGCCUACAUGAUAUCAGCAACAUUGAAUGACUGGCAAAGAAGAUUACAGUUCCCCACUGGAGAAACGGUGGUAUUACAUGACCCAAAGCGAAUGACACAUCACCCACCUGACUUGACAAAGUCUGGCCGUACAUCUCUCUCGUCCUCCGAUCAACCCCGGCCCAGGAUAGUUAAAAGGGGUCUUGAGGAUGUAAUAGUUGAUAUACCACCAGGUGAACCUGACAAAGUGGAUCAUCUGGUUAUAAUGGUUCAUGGAAUUGGGGCAACAUGUGACCUUCGGAUGCGUGGAAUUAUUCAGUGUGUGAAUGACUUCCGGAGUAUCUCUCUUAAUUUACUGAGCACUCAUUUCAAGGAGGCAGGACAAGACAUCGGCCGGGUGGAGUUUUUGCCAAUAAACUGGCAUAAAGUGUUACAUGGAGAUGCAACUGGAGUGGACACGGAUAUCCAGAGAAUUACCCUGCCCAGUAUCAGUCGCCUACGUAAAUUCAGCAAUAGCACAGUGUUGGACCUCUUCUUUUACAACAGCCCCACCUACUGCCAGACCAUUGCAAACACCGUAGCCUCUGAGAUCAAUCGCCUCCAUCGCCUCUUUGUCCAGCGCCACCCACAAUUCAUUGGGGCUGUGUCACUGGCUGGACACAGUCUGGGUUCUCUGAUCUUAUUUGACCUUCUUACAAAUCAAAAGAAAUACACAGAUGAAGCAACAAAACAGAGCCCUGUCAACAGCCCUAUCCACUCUGAGAGCUUUGAAGACAUUCUUAGGAAUGAAGGACUGGGCGAGUAUGUCAACACGAUUAAAGAGAAGCAGAUGGAUGUGGAAUCACUGGCAAUGUGUUCGGAGACUGACUUCAAAGAAUUAGGAAUACCUUUGGGUCCUCGCAAGAAGAUCCUCUACUUGAUGGGAAAAUUGCAAGUGACAGAGCAGGAAUCCAGGACAGGGAUUGUACUCCCAGUUUCUGCUGCAUUGUUGUGCCAAGAGGAAGGAGUUUCCCAAGCCGAAGCCCUCGAAAUAAUACAGCCUCAAGUACCCUCCACCAGCACUGUGGAUUACAAGUAUUGUGAUGUUGGUAUUGGACAGGUGUCCAUCAACUACCCUGAGCUGGCCUUUGAACCUCAAGCCUUCUUUGCCUUGGGAUCGCCUAUUGGGAUGUUUCUUACUGUGCGCGGCCUUAAAAGGAUUGAUCCCAACUACAGCCUCCCAACAUGCAAGAGCUUCUACAACAUCUUUCAUCCAUUUGACCCUGUGGCCUACAGGAUUGAGCCCAUGGUACUCAGUCCAGGGCAGGAACUACCUCCCAUGUUGAUCCCACAUCACAAAGGCAGGAAAAGGAUGCAUCUUGAGAUGAAAGACAACUUGACAAGAGUGAGUUCAGACCUUCUUGCAUCAUUUGGAGCUCUUCGUAGUGUGUGGCAAACUCUCACUCAAGUGCCCAGUACCUUACUGCAACUGGACCAGGAGGAAAAAACUGUGUCAGGGCCUCAUGAUGAUUCUGAAGAUGCAACGGCAGGCUCACCAGUCUCUUUGACAGAUAAAAACGAAACAAGAAACACUAAUGUUGGAAUGUUGAAUGGUGGACGCCGAUAUGAUUAUGUCCUUCAGGAGAAACCCUUUGAGAGCUUCAAUGAGUACCUAUUCGCCAUUCAAAGUCAUCUAUGCUACUGGGAAUCCCCUGACACAGCUCUGCUUGUUUUGAGGGAAAUUUAUGAAGGGGCUCAGAAGAAUCAGCUCAAUGAACAUAACUCAUCCCUCUAAAGCUGACUUGAAUGACACAACUCAUCACUUAAAAUGAUGAAGUGUGUUUUUGGUACAACAGAAGUCAGGAAAAGGAAAGGUGGUAUACUUGGGAAGAUGGGUUGUUGCAUCUUUUUUGUUUUUUGCAUCUUGC